GGGAAGGGGCGGGGGGGUGGAGGUGGAAAUAGUUCACCCGUCCCUGUGCUUUAACAAUUGAAGAGGUUGAGGAAAGUUUUUGUCCUAACAAGAAAACAAUAUACCAAGUUCAUUCUUUCUGAAGCUCAAACCGCAUUGCACACGCGCGGAAUUUGCUACAGUUCAGUUCACGAGCGUUGAAUCGCACCAAAGCAGGGUUAUUGACGUGGGCGCUCACGCGUGACUGGUAGUGUGAUCUACUUGAGUUGCAUGAAACCGGGAAAGAUAAGCAAGCAUAUUAAGAUGAGAUGCUGGACGACCUACAACUGCCCUUACUACGUCCCCGUGGAACUUACUGUAACAACCCGGUAAUUCCUUGGUGAAGACAGAAAAUUACCAUUUGGAAAAGAAAUGGAUUCAAGCUUAUUAUAGCCUAUUUCAUGAGAGAUGCUCCAGGAGAAGGCCUCAGCUGUGACGGAUGACAUUGUGACUGGGGUCCAGCCUAUAGGGACCCCAGAUGUCAGUCCUGACCCACCACACCUGGGCAUGCCUACAACUGCCAGCAUCCCCCAUGACAAUGAGCCAGAUCAGAAUAUUGAGAACAUCAAGGUUGUUCUCCAUGAGAGGGAGCUGUGGAAGAAGUUCCACGAGGCCGGGACAGAAAUGAUCAUUACUAAAGCAGGCAGAAGGAUGUUCCCCAGCUACAAAGUGAAAGUGACGGGGAUGAACCCUAAAACCAAGUAUAUCCUCCUCACAGACAUUGUCCCUGCUGACGACCAUCGCUACAAGUUCUGUGAGAACAAGUGGAUGGUGGCAGGCAAGGCGGAGCCGGCCAUGCCAGGACGACUCUAUGUUCACCCUGACUCCCCCGCCACAGGAGCCCACUGGAUGAGGCAGCUGGUGUCCUUCCAGAAGCUGAAGCUCACUAAUAACCACCUGGACCCCUUUGGGCAUAUCAUCCUGAACUCAAUGCACAAGUACCAACCUCGGCUCCACAUCGUCAAGGCUGACGAGAACAACGCCUUUGGCUCCAAGAACACAGCCUACUGCACUCACGUGUUCCACGAGACCGCCUUCAUCUCCGUCACCUCCUACCAGAACCACAAGAUCACUCAGCUGAAGAUCGAGAACAACCCAUUUGCUAAGGGUUUCAGAGGCAGCGAUGAAGGGGACCUGCGUGUUUCCAGACUCCAGGGAAAACACUAUCCAGUCAUUUCUAAGACUAUGGGCCGCCAGAGGCUCCUGUCCUCACACGGUCACCUGACGGGAAACCUGGGAACUGGGGUUCAUCUCUCCGGACACCCCCAGGUACUUUCCCACUACCAGUAUGAAGAUGGGGUGCCCCUGGGGAACUCAGACCAUCAAGACCAUCUCUCCAACCCCUUCCCUGCCAGCCGAGAGCCCAGCCUGCUCUAUCACUGCUUCAAACACAGAGAUAACGCCAGGCACUUGGAACUGGGCUGCAAAAGGCCGUACCUGGACACAGUGCCUCCAGCAGUCUCCGAGGAGCACUACUUCCGCUCCCCUCCCUCAUACGAGCCUCCACUUCUGUCCCACCCCUACUGCGGCGAGGCCAUAAGCUCCAGGGAGGCCUGCAUGUACGGGGGGGUGGAGGUGAACAGUAGCCAUGGGGCUGGGGGUGCUGACGCGGACCUGGCUCCCCCCUCUUUGAACUGCAACAUGUGGGCGUCUGUGCAGCCCUACCCCCGGUACAGCGUGCAGACAGUAGAGGGGGUCCCCUACCAGCCCUUCACCGCUCACUUCACCAGUACUGCCACCGCCACCUCCAUGGUGCCCAACCACCCCCCCUCCGGACCCCCACGCCCCCAGCCUGAACAAGGGGUGUUUAGCCCGGCUACCACACAGCGAAGCCUGGCUGCCGUCCCCUCGUCAUCCUCCGCCUCUUCUUCCUCUCCACCUGUUCCUGGUUCCAGGGAAAGCAGGCCGGUGGUCCACCCUCCCCUGUACCAGAGGAAGCCUGUGCCUGGGUCGCCCCUCCGGCUUCACAGGGAGUUCUCUGCUUUCCCAGCACAGAGCGGCCCUUCGUCCAUCCAAGACUCUUCCUACCAGUACCCAAUGGGCAGUGUUGGAGCCCACUGGACUGAUAGCUCGGGCUAAGGAGUUUUAUAUGGCCCGUGAGGCAGUGGCGAUGUCCACCCACCCAGUCGGCCCAGAGUCAACCAGACCCUCCCCAGCAAUCCAUCCUUGACCUGCCUGUGAGGCAUCGAAAAUGAGAUUAUGUUGAAAAACAGCCAUGACGACCUUGCACAGUGGAAGCCAUAGUAUUUUAGUACGAUGAGAAGCAGCGUGCACACACUCCAACGGUAGCCUGCAUUUUCCAAAAUGCCCCUGAACUUCAAUUACCCAGACUGGAGGAGCAUCGGGACUGAGAGGAUAAUUACUAUUAUUCCAGAGGACGAACCCUUCUGUAUGAUUAUUCAAGUGUGCCAUAUAAUGGUAGUUUCCCUUUCAUUCAGAAAGAUCAAUAUGCCAUAAGGAGAUGUGUUCAUAAAACAGGAGAAUAUCUAUAAUGGCUUUUGAUGUGUUUGAAGUACUUUGAAGUAGUGUGUUUAGGGUGAGGUAUAUCUUCUAGCCAAACAUUUGUAAGAAAAAUAUAUUAAGCGCAAGAACAAGGAUGGAGAGAGAUUCUGAUUUUUAUGUGCAAGAUUAAAGUACUCGGCCACGUGUUUUUUUCUGAGUAAGACUUUCACGAAAUGUAAUUGUGCCAUAUCUCUGGAUUUUGUUGAGAAACUUUACCAGUUACAAAUCUGUUGAAAUUGUCAACAUGAGCUGCAUGUGCACUACACAUAGGCUAUCUUAACACAUCUAGGGGUGUAGGUCUAGAUCUGAGUAGGCUAGCAGGACAUCCCUUCGAAAAGCCAACCGUCCUCUAGGCUAAUGGCCCCUUAGUGUUUUCCCAAGUCUUUAAAACCCAGUAGAGCACUUAAGUGCUUAGGGCUCGGCUCCAAACCUGCACUAUGAUUCUGAAGAUCCGUUUUUCCCAGUGAGCUGGGAACUCAAAGACAAUAAAGGUCCCCAGCCAUCCACAUGUGGAGCUUAAGAGACUGUUGUUAUGCCAAUGCCAGUACAGAACAAUGAGGUUUGCACAAAUCCAAGUCUGAAAAAUCCUUGUAAGACUGCAAAUGUAAAGAAAAAAGCCUGAGUGUGGCAGGCAUGGUUCAAGAGGUGGAGGACAGCAAAGCUGAACUGAAACAGAGACGAAUGGGCAAAGCAUUCCCCAAAUCCUGUUUUGCCUGGCUUGCACUCCCACUCACACAAGUAGGAAUAGGUGAGAAUGCACCAGAAUUGUGGCCUGGUCUACUGGUACUUUACUCAUCUUAUUUUUUUAUUCAAUAUAACUUCUUUGAAUAUUUUUUUGCACACCCGAUGAAAUAAAUAUUUG